GUUGUCCGUGUCCAUUUGAAUUUUAUUUUCUUUUUAAUUUCUAUAAAAUUGAAAAUUGUCGUCGUCGUCGUCUCCGUAUCUUUGUCGUUGUGACAUAUACUGGAAUGAAACAAAAACAAAACAAAACGGAAGAACAAUAAAAAAAACAACAAUAAAAGUCAACAAAGUUUUUUUGGAAAUACCCGGCUAAAAUCAUCAUUUAUGGAUGAAUCCAAUAAUGGAUCGGGUGUAUGCGUGUGUGUGUGUGUGUGCGUGAAGGGGAUCGGAAAUUCAUUUCAUUUUACUCUAUAUAUAAACAAAGAAUGGGGAAUGUGUAUAGAAUUUAUUUGUGUGCGUGUUUAUUUGGAUGGAUCACCGCGACUCACGAUUGUGUUUGUCAUCAUCAUCAUCAUUGUUUUGAAAAUUUUUUUUUUUUUUUGAAAACGAAAAUAUGGAUUUAUUAUCAUCAACAUCAUCAUCAAUAAACAAUAUGAAUGGUGAGGAUGGCGAUAAAAUGGCAUUGAAAAAUGUGACCGAAAUUAAAGAAUGGAUAUCAUUACGUUUGGAAGAAUUGGAGGAAAAAAAUCAACUAUUGAAAAAGGAAAAUAAAAAAGUGAAUGCAGAAUUAUCGAAAUUAAAAGAACGUUAUGUAAUGAAAAAAUCAUUUACACCUGAAGCACCUAGACGACGAUAUAUGACAAAUAAACAACAACAACAACAACAACGCCAACAACAUAAUAAUCGAUAUUAUUUGAAAAAACAAAAUUUUUCCACAUCAUCUACGUCAACAUCGACAUCAUCAUCAUCAUCGUCGUCAUCGUCGUCAGAUAGUUCGGAUGAGGAUAUUCUUUUAUCAUCCACGACAACAACAAGACCACUGCGUAAAAACCAACAAAAAAUGAAUAAAUAUCGAUCAUCAAAAAAUCCUCGCCACAAUCGAUCAAUGACAACAACUACAAAAUCCAGUAGUCUUGAUCGAAAAUUGACUAAAAUGAAUAAAUGGAAAAAAUCAACAAAUAAAAAUAAUAAUAAUCCACGAAUUUAUGAUGAUGAUGAUGAUGAUUAUAAAAAACAAAAUUAUUUCAAAAUUAAUUCGAAUAAUAAUUAUGGCCAUGAUGAUGAUGAUGUUAUUGGCCAAAAGAAGCCUCCCACACCACCAUUACAUCGUUUACCAUCUUGGGAAUCACGUAUCUAUGAAAUAGCCAAUAAUGGCAUUAUACAAAGUACAUUGUCAACACCAGUACAACAUGAUAAAUGGUAUGAAAAUGAUUCAAGCGAAGCGAUCAUAAAUCAACAACAACAACGACAACAACACCAUUGUAGCCAAUUUCAGCAACCGAAAACACAUUUUUUAUCAUCAUCAUCAUCAUUGGACUACAACAACAGUAGCAACAUAAUGUCACAGGCAAUGGUUAAUAGAAAUGUCGGAAGUGAAAAUGAAAGUCGUCCAUUUUUGUUACCGACAACAACAACAACAACAUUCAUCAACAGACUACAGCAACAACAACAUCAUUCGAUAGCAAGUAAUGUGACCACAUCAAGUGGAAAUGAAACCGAUUCAACAAUGACGGCGACAAUUACAGCUAUGGCUAAUAAAGUUACAGCUGCAACAAAUGAAUUGUUGUUGAAAUCAUCACCAUCAUCAUCAUCAUCAUCGACGGCAACAACAACAACAACAACGAAACCGAAGCAACAUUCACUAUUGCGAAAAAAUCACCACGAUUUUAAUGAUCAAAUAAAAUAUUCAUCACGGGCAGCAACCUUAACAACAUUCGAAGUCGAUCAUCAUCAUCAUCAUUAUCGUUUUCUUGAAGAUUCAUUUGAAAAAUUGAAAAUUGCCUCAAAUCUAACACCAUCACAACAAGCUUUGUUUGGCGUUGUAUCAUCAUCGACAGCAUUGAAUGACAAUAAACUUGAAAAAUCAGGCUAUCUAUUCAAACUGUCCGGAAAAUUCAAAGUAUGGAAAAAACGAUGGUUCAUAUUGAAAGAUGGAAAUCUUUUUUAUUUUAAACGUAAAAAUGACACUGGCCUAGAUAAUAAUAAUAACGAUAACGAUAACGAUAAAGAUAAUACGCCAACAAAAAAGUCGAAAAAGACAAAGCCAAAAGGCAAAAUUGUAUUGGAUCAAAAUUGUUCAUUGAUUCGAUCAAAAGAUCUUCGAUUUCAUUUGUCCUAUCAAGAUGGCCAACGUACAAUUCAUUUGGCUGCCGAAACGAAUGAUUCAUACAAUGAAUGGCUUCGUGCUAUUGGUCAAACAUUGACUAUAAACAAUAUUUUAAAAUUACAAGAUAAUCAAGUGCCAAUCAUUGAAAAUUAUCUAAUCAAAGUACGAUUUGGACAUUCAAUCAAAUCAUGGACAGCAUUAUAUAAUCAUCAUCUUGUUUAUUUUAAUAAUCCAUUUGAAAAAAUUCCAAUCGGUUAUACUAGUCUAAAAGAUAGCGACAUACAAGAGAUUCAAGUUCCGGAUGCUGAAGAUAAUGUUCUUAUCUAUGAUGAUAUUAAAAAAAAUGUUCAUUAUUCAAUAUCGAUUCAUCCAAAAGGUGAUAAUAAUAAUGAACCAAUAUAUCUUGUAUUUAUGAAUAAACAAGAUUUUAGUCUAUGGUAUUAUCAUCUGAAAUUAGCAUUCGAUGAAAAUAAUGUACCAAAAACGGCAUUCGAAAAUCUACUUAUUACAUUAUUGAAUAUUGAAUCCAAUUGUAAUUCAAAAGAAGAAUUUUAUUCACACGAAAUAUGGAAUAGUUCAUUGUUAACAUUUUCAAAUGAUGACAACAUUAUCGAACCAUUGAUUUCAUUGUACAAUGCAGAAUUGAAACGUGAAUCAUUGAAACUAUUUCGAUCCAUACAUCUAUUCAUUACGGUACCAAUUGAAUCGAACGCAAUUGAUUAUCAUAUAACAUUGAUACAAAAUUGUCUACAAGUUUGUCUGGAUCAUCCAGAAUUACAAGCUGAACUUUAUUAUCAAUUAAUCAAACAAAGUUCACCGAAUAUUAUGAUGGAUUAUCGAUUAACAUUUCCUCAUUCUUCCAACAAUCAAUCACGUACAUUUUGGUGCGCACCUCAUUCAUUAUUUAAAUGUGAUGAUAUCACAUCACCACCGGAACCGGUACCUAAAUCACCUUCAUCACAAAAAGAUUCUUCACUAUUUUUACAAUGUUUACAAUUUCUAUCUACAACUAUUUCAUUGUUUUUACCACAAAAUCAAGUUCUUUGGCUACUUAAACAUCAUAUUAAUCGAUUUAAAACCGAAUCAACUGAAUUGGGAAAAUAUUUUCUUUAUUGUGAACGAGCAUUAGGACGAGUAUUGAUGAAUGGACCACGACGAAAAAUACCAUCACGAAUGGAAGUACUUUCAAUCAUUCAACGUAAUCCUUAUCAACAUUCGAUGCCACAUUCAAUACCGGUACAUUUUGCCAAUAAUUCUUACCAAGUUAUUGGAUUUGAUGGUUCAACAACUGUUUCGGAAUUUAUUCGACAAAUUAAUUUAGAAUCCGGUAUUCGAGAUAAUCUUUAUUCUGGAUUUGCAUUAUACAGUGAUGAUCCUAUUGAAAAAGAUGUUGAACAUCUUUUGGAUCCAUCUGAAAAACUUGCCGAUGCAAUUUCCAAUUGGGAAUCAACAAUGCGUAAAUAUAAUCUGGGCAAAUUUGAGCCAACAAAAAUAAUUAAACUUACAUACAAACAUCGACUAUGUUUGAAACGACAUUUUAAAAACGAAACAGACAAAGAACGGUUGAUAUGGAUCUAUGAAAUAAACAAUGAGGUCAUCAACAAUCGUUUCCCAGUGACAUAUGAUUUAGCCAUUGAAUUGAUGUCGUUAAUGAUUCAAAUUGAGUAUGGUAAUUAUCGAAAUUAUAACAACAAUGUCGAACAAAUUUGGAAACAGGCAGUGAUUCGUUUUUUGCCCGAAAAAUUUCACAACAAAAAUGGUUUCAAUGAGAUCGUGACGCAACGUUGGAUCGAACUAUGUGAUAGAUCGUUGUUGGAUUGUGUGAGAAUCUAUCUGAAUUGUACACGGAAAUGGAAUCUGUGUGGAUAUCAAUUGUUUGAGUCUACUAUUUUUAAUUGUCUCAAAUACGAUGAUCUAGCCAGUCUGUAUCUGUAUAAAUUUUUCCGUAAUCAUUCAGCCAUUUGGAUUGCAAUUGGUGAAGAUUUUAUCGAACUACUUGAACAUGAUUCGUUUCAUUCGAUUCUACAGAUAUCAUAUAGAAAUGUUCUCAAUUAUGGCUAUCUUAAAUCCUAUUUUACAUUAACUAUUGAUCAAAAUUGUCUUAAUGAAUUAUUAUCAAUGGAAACAUUGAAAUCUGAUAAUGUUACAUUCCGUAAUCAAAUGUUGAACAAACAUGGACAUCCAUUAUUUUUUCAAUUAUCUGAACAGAAAAUUAUUCAAGUCACAACACUUAUAUCUGAUUAUAUUGAAAUGAAAAAGCAACAACAGCAACAACAAGUCAUUGAUGAUAAUGAU